AUGGCAGGUCCCCUUCUCUCAACCCUGCUGCUCCUACUGCUGUCCUUAGCACCGGGAUCUGCUGGACAAGAAGCCCAUGGCAACGGGGAAAGGAUUAUUAAUGGAGUUGUAUGUCCAAGAGGCUCCCAUCCCUGGCUGGUGGCCCUGUAUCACAACAAUACAUUGCAGUGUGCAGGUGUGCUGAUCAACCAGCAGUGGGUGCUCACCGUAGCCCACUGCCACAUGAGUGAUUAUAUUGUGCAAAUGGGCAGUGAUCUUCUGGUUGGGAGGCGUGCCCGGAAAAUCAACGCUACAGAGUCCUUCGUCCACCCAUGGUAUGACAACCGCACCGAUGAUCAUGACAUCAUGCUCGUGAAGCUGAGCAGCCCGGCCAGGCUCUCACGCAAUGUGAAGAAAAUCAACCUACCGUCCAGGUGCAAAGACCUUGGGUCAAACUGUACUGUCGCUGGCUGGGGCAUCACCACCAUGGUUGAAGCAACAUUUUCAUCAGAGCUCAUGUGCUCGAAUGUCAGCCCCAUCUCCUACCAGGAAUGCAAGGUGUUUUAUCCUACCAUGUUGAAAAAGUACAUGAUCUGUGCUGUUGCCCUCGACGGAUUCUCCUCCACCUGCAUAUGUCCCAAGGCCUGA